AUCCAAGCAAGCGGGCUGGUCUUCCAAACGCAGGGUCCGCUCCGCACACUCGAGCUUUCCCCCAAAUAAAUCUCAGCUUCUCCGACUUGCCUAUCGCUUUAAAAUCUUAGAAACAGAGUUGUUGGGUUUUUUCUUUUUUUUUUCUUUUCCUUUCUUUUUUUCUUUUUUGCAAAAGCUUUAAAAAAAUCGAUCUAGAAAAUUAAACAGUUAUUAGCAUCUGUAACGGGGAGGGGAAGAAGCAGCCCCCCACCCCACCCCCACUCUGGGCUUCCGGGCUUGUCCGAGAAACAAGCGGUUUAGAACUUAACCCUUCCAGGAGCUGGCAAAGGCUGAGGUAUUGUUUUUUUCCCCCUUGUUGCUCGCUACGAUCCAGUCCGAAAUAAUUAAGUGAAACGUAAAAGUGCAAAGGGCGCUCAGGACCCUGAUAAACAGGAGAAAGAGAGAGGGGGAGAGAGGGAGAGAGGGAGAGAGGCAGAGAGGGAGAGACGGAGAGAUGAAUAUGAAUCUCAAAGGCCAAACUCGAGCCAGAGUCGGAAGCUGGAGGGCUGAGCGGGGCUGACCUGACUCUGAGCUUUCCCGGAGUUAACUCGCGUAGGCGUUCGCUCCCCCACCCAGAAGGGCACCAGACGCCAGCCGGCAGCGGGUCCCCGCGCUGAAUUGGCUCUAAACAACUUAUUUCACCUCCUUUAAAAAGAGGGUGAUAAAACAGUCUUUCUCUUUCCGCGGACCUCGCACAACCCCAGCGCGGCCGAGAGGCGUCCUGCGCGCGGUCAGGACCGCUGCACCCCCGUGCGCGGGCACCGAGAGGGACGAAGAGUUGGGGCCAAGUUUGAGCUCCGGGCACAGCCAAGCUGGGGGGAGGAAGGUCCCCCGGUCAGACACCUGGGUGCCGAAGGUGGAGCGAUGAGGCAAGGCUGCCAGGAGAAUUCAAAAUCCUGAGCAUGGGGGGCAGGCAGAGGGGGCAGUCAGGCCAAUCCCCGCAGAGUGAGUGGCGGGCCAGCUGGGGCUCCGGAAGGCAGGCCUCUCUCGCGCUCCGAAGUAAAGCAAACCGUCCUCCCGAUCCUCCCGCGUUCCUGCAGCCCCUCUGGAAAACUCCUUCCCCUCUUGCACCAAACUUUACGCCCGGUUUUGCUCUCCCGGGGAAGUGGCGGCGCGGGAAGGGUUAAGCCUGCCAGUCCCAGCUGACAGUCAGCUGAUUGGGCCCUGAUUGACAGCUCCGAAAAGUUUCCUGUUUCUAUACUAUUAUAUGCCAAUCGCGGCCGCUCUCGCCGCCUCCCAUUGGCCGGGAGUACCAGUCAAUUUCCCAUUUGGGCCUGACGUCACAAGUGCUAUAAAACUCAGCAAUUGCUUUAAACUCUUCUUGCUGGAUCAGAGGCUUUAAAAUCUUUUUUCAUCUUCGAGCUGUAGCUCGGGCUGCUCCUCGGCUUGGUCUCCCCCCUUUUGCUCUCUGCCUCGCCUUUCCCUAGGACUUCGUUAUUUUGCUUUAAAAAAAAAAAAAAAAAACGCAAGAAAGAACUAAACUCCCCCUCCCUUUCCUCCAGCGGGCUGCACCUCUGUCUUGCACUUUGCACGGAGAGAGCGCGCAAGGGAGAGAGAGAGAGGAGAGGGGAAAAUUUUUUCAAAAAGAGCCAGGCAGAAGAGGAGGCAAGAAGCAUGAAGUGUUAACUCUCCCGUGCCAAGGCCCGCGCCGCCCGGACAGCCGCCCGCCGCGCCUCCAGCCCCGAGCGGCCGCCAAGCGCGCCCCGCUUGCAGCCCAGCCGGCGAGGCGAGCCCUCCUUAUGCAAAGGGUGCAGCGGAGCGGCGAGCGGGGGACGCCGCGCACCCGGCCGGGCUCCUCCGGCUUCGCCGCCGCCGACACCGCAGCCCGCGGAGGACCUUUCCGAGCCUGAAGCCGCCGGCUCCGCGCGCACGAAGGCGAGCAGGCGAGGAGGGGCCGGGGCGAGCGAGCACCUCGGCGUGAACAGGAGGGAGGGAGGGCGGGCGCGGGGGGCGCGGGCAGGGCGGGGGGGUGUGUGCGCGCUCGGAGAUUUCGGGCCAGCCACCGCCGCGCGAGCUAGACGCGCCCCAGCCCGGCAAGCUGGCUCACCCGCUGGCCACCCAGCACAGCCCGCUGGCCCCUCUCCUGCAGCCCAUCUGGCGGAGCGGCGCCGGCGGCGGCGGCAGGAGAAUGGCAUCAGAACUGGCAAUGAGCAACUCCGACCUGCCCACCAGUCCCCUGGCCAUGGAAUAUGUUAAUGACUUCGAUCUGAUGAAGUUUGAAGUGAAAAAGGAACCGGUGGAGACCGACCGCAUCAUCAGCCAGUGCGGCCGUCUCAUCGCGGGGGGCUCGCUGUCGUCCACCCCCAUGAGCACGCCGUGCAGCUCGGUGCCCCCUUCCCCCAGCUUCUCGGCGCCCAGCCCGGGCUCGGGCAGCGAGCAGAAGGCACACCUGGAAGACUACUACUGGAUGACCGGCUACCCGCAGCAGCUGAACCCCGAGGCGCUGGGCUUCAGCCCCGAGGACGCAGUCGAGGCGCUCAUCAGCAACAGCCACCAGCUCCAGGGCGGCUUCGAUGGCUACGCGCGCGGGGCGCAGCAGCUGGCCUCGGCGGCCGGGGCCGGCGCCGGCGCGUCCCUGGGCGGCAGCGGCGAGGAGAUGGGCCCCGCCGCCGCCGUGGUGUCCGCCGUGAUCGCCGCGGCCGCCGCGCAGAGCGGCGCGGGGCCGCACUACCACCACCACCACCACCACCACGCCGCGGGCCACCACCACCACCCGACAGCCGGCGCGCCGGGAGCCGCGGGCAGCGCAUCCGCUUCGGCCGGCGGCGCGGGCGGAGCGGGCGGCGGGGGCCCGGCCAGCGCCGGCGGCGGCGGCGGAGGCGGCGGCGGCGGCGGGGGCGGCGGGGGCGCGGCGGGGGCAGGGGGCGCCCUGCACCCGCACCACGCCGCCGGCGGCCUGCACUUCGACGACCGCUUCUCCGACGAGCAGCUGGUGACCAUGUCGGUGCGCGAGCUGAACCGGCAGCUGCGCGGGGUCAGCAAGGAGGAGGUGAUCCGGCUGAAGCAGAAGAGGCGGACCCUGAAAAACCGCGGCUAUGCCCAGUCCUGCCGCUUCAAGAGGGUGCAGCAGAGACACGUCCUGGAGUCCGAGAAGAACCAGCUGCUGCAGCAGGUCGACCACCUCAAGCAGGAGAUCUCCAGGCUGGUGCGCGAGAGGGACGCGUACAAGGAGAAAUACGAGAAGUUGGUGAGCAGCGGCUUCCGAGAAAACGGCUCGAGCAGCGACAACCCGUCCUCUCCCGAGUUUUUCAUAACUGAGCCCACUAGCAACUUGGAGCCAUCAGUGGGAUACGCCACAUUUUGGAAGCCCCAGCAACGUGUACUUACCAGUGUAUUCACAAAAUGAAAUUUAUGUGAGAACUGUACAUUAAAUAUAUAUUGGUAGUAGUAGUAGUAUCUGCUGUCGUAGAAUACAACCUGCCCCUGACUUCUGUUUAGUCUCCUUUUUAAAGAAAAAUGUUGCAUUAGAAAAGCAGGCUAUUAAAUAUAUGUAUAACCUCCAUACUAA